AUGAACAUCAAUAAAACCAUCAUCGUUAUCAUCAACAUUCCCAUCACUACUACUACUACUACUACUACUACUACUACUACUACUACUACUACUACUACUACUACUACUACUACUACUACUACUACUACCACCACCACUACUACUACUACUACUACUAUUAUGAAUGGUAGUAGUAGCAGUAGUAACAGGGUUUCACGAUUAUCUGUGUCUCCUACGGGAUUUACGAAUUACUAUAUGUUACAAAAAGUCAACAAAACAAUAGAUGAAAUGUUUUUCGCAAAGAAACUUUUUGUCUAUGUAUAUCACCCUCUAAGUGCUUAA